CUUUUGUUCAGGUGCCCUUACAAUGGACCCAAUGCACGGGCUGAUGAUGACGAUGAUGAGGAUGGAGGUGAACAGUUACGACGAAUAUUAUGAAGAUGGCGAUUGUUUAACAAAAAAAAAAAAUCAGUAUUAUAAUUAUAUAUAUGCACACACAUGCUUAUAUAUAUAGGCACAUAUGUGGUGUAAUGUAAACUGCUACAUAUACGUACACGGUAUGAUGUUUUGUAUGUGUAUAUACACAAACCGUUAGGGGGCUGUCGCUACGUUUUGAGAACGAGACGGGCGCCAAGAUGAUGUCCCGCAAGGACAACAGUUGCUUUUUGAAACUCUUAGGUUCUGAUGACAUCGUCACACAGCUACAAUGUACCGUAGUGAACGUGGCGAAACUUAGAAUAAGAUGAUAAAGUAAACGUUAGUCUGAGUCUUACAUGCAUUAAGAUAUUUCUUUUUCCCUCUAACCUAUUGACCUCUUCCCUAUUAAUAUCCGUUUAUCUCUCUGUGUGUGUGUAUAUAUAGCAUUUUUUUUUUGCCAAGGUGUUUUUUAAAAAGUGCCUUUAUUGAUGCACACGGCACUGCAGACACUUUAGUCUAUUGAAUGGACACGGGCGACGUAAUGCAGUUUCGAUUUUUCCUCCCAACUUAACCGACUUGUACAGCAUAUAAAUACGGAACAAACUCUCGGUCAUGUACAUAAAUACAUUCGGCGCGUACGCACAUACGCACGUAUAUAACCCAUGCCACACUGGGCAGUUGGAAGGGGUGGGGUGGGGAUAUAACGCGCUAAGUGGACUACGGCACACGCUCUCACAGCAUCCAACAGGAGUCCACGCAGCACCGUUGCAGGCAUGUAAAAAAAACAAAAAAACGCCAAAUGUGCAAAUUUUUUGUGCACCCGUUUGUAAACAACGCAGGACUGUGUGCAACUCGCAGCGCCGUCGAUGUACAUACGGGAUGUAAAUAUGACACCACGAAGCUGGGUUGUUGUUUCUGUUGUUUUGCUGGACCACGCGAGGUUGUUAAGUAACGCUCGAAUCAAAUACGAUGACCGUCUCGCCCACCAUCGGUCCCUCACCCCGCAACCCCAACUCUAAAAACAGCCUACUGGGAAGAUCGCAGUGACAUUACCGACAGCAAGACGGCUCUCCCCCCCCCCGCCGACCCUCUCUCUCUCCCAAAUAACCUCUCGCUGCCUGUUCUUUGAGCUUGUUCGCGUCCAGCCCUCUGAAGCAGUGCUGCGGAACUCAUUCGCUUGGGUGCGCUAUUUGGGCAGGAGCUGCGUACCUCCCCGCCGACUUUUCAUUGCCGCAAGCGAGGAGACGCGAUAUAUAUAAUGUCCCGUGAUGAGCGAUAUUCUUUCGGUUAUUGCUCGCGUGCGACGCCGCGUAACGUCGCAGCCCUUCCAUACGCACGAGACGACAACGCAGCAUCCGCGGUUUUGAUAUCGGCACACGACGACACACACACGACCAUCCAUCACUGUCCCCCUAUCGGCAUCCCUGAUAUAAUUACGGCCCGAGAUGCUCUCUGAGGCCACGGCAAUGUUAUGAGGGUGAUGGUGACGUGUUUUCGGGAAGAUUGAUUUCGCUCCGAGGAGCCGGGAAUGCCGCGGUGAGGAUGGCAGUGUGGGAAUUUGAAAUUUGAAAAUCCGGUCCGUUCAAUCCUCUGGCCCCGAGUCGCUCAAAACGCAAAAGGCGACUCGGGGUCAGAGGAACGCGCGCUCACUUGGGCAAUAUUGCAGAAUGCAAGUUUUGCCACAUUUAACUCCCCACCCCCCCCCCGUUUUGAGAUCUUGGUACAUCCUGCUAUUGAAGGAAAGCUCAGCUCUUACGUCAAUGGGAAUGUGCCAUCUCACUAAAGGGGUGUCACCACCUUUGCGGUGUUUUUAUCCCAAAAAUGUGUUUGCGGUUCAAAUCGCCCUCGAUUUCUCAAUUGGAAUAUAUUUGUAAAUGAAUCGAUGCCACCUCCCCAACUGUGAAAACUUGACAGAAUCCACUGGAAAAUAAGAGUCGCGAGACUCAAGGGUGAGGCUUUCCUCGGUUGAAGAAAAAAAACGCUGAAUCGUAAUUAAGAAUUGUUAGUUGUCUCAGCCUGUUCAAUUUUUUUUUGUUACCUGCAGCAAGGUACACAACGAGGUUGCGAUCCUGUUAAACAGAGCUUUUAGGCUCCCAGAACAAUUUUUCCGCUUACUUUUUGAUUGACGCAUUUAGUCAAAGUCAAGCAGAGAGUGGGAAUGCGCUCAUCAAUCCAGCCAGCAAUGGAAAUUCCACAUUGCUAUGGCGGGGGCGAGUAACUGUACAGGACAACCACUGUGGACCUCACACAAAGUGACAACUCCUUGUUCUCAUUAAAAAAAUAAGGAUAGGCUUUACCCUUACUGGCAAUAAAACAGUUGUUAAGAUGUUCAAACACCAAAUAGAUACCGUUUUCAAGGCAUCAAGUCUGAAUUUACUACACGUACUUGUGGCAAAACAUGCAAACAUCUUAACACAUGUUUUAUUGCCAGGAAAGGUAACCUGUUAUUAUUUUUGUUCAUAAUAUUGAUAUUGGCAAAAAAGGUCACAUAAAUACUCAUUAUGCCAUUAGCUCUGAAAAUAUAAAUGGUUGAAUCACCCCCCUCCCCCUCGGUCCAGGAUUUGAACUUACAAAUUCCCACUCACCGGUCGCACACUCUCACCCACAUGCCACCCAUGCCAAACGCGCUAUGUCAGUGCACGCGCGGUGCAACGCCAGAGGCAACUCGCCUUGCCUGUUCAUUCAUAAGGCUUCUGCCCUCCUCCUAAUGCCACCGCCCUACCACCACCACGUGUGCUCUCGGUCCCAACGGAUCUGCCUGACAGCUCUCGCGAUGCGUUCUCGGGUCGCACCCGCGCAUCGUUCACUGUGUGGGCAACGACGAUCGACGGCUUCGCUCCGCGCCGUGGGAGCCGUUUCAGCUUCUGCGCGAGGGCCGAAUCGCUCCCCGCUGCAACCCACCCCCAACCUCCUUUGCUCCUCCUCCUCCUCUUCCUGCCUGCCCUAAUCUGUUCUUGAACAAGAUCCGGGCGGUACGCGGAGCGAAACGUCGGACGUCGCGGUGAACGCCGGGCGGCACAACCAGACGACACAUCGCGGCGCCAGCGAGAAAUAAAACCGACGCAGGCAGAUCUGCCCGGCGUUCAACAAAAGAAUAACACUUCGGAAGGAGAACUGGGGAAAAAAAAAACCAUGUAAGGAGCCGCAGUAUUUUAACUUAAUUGCUGUUAUUAUUAUUGUUAUAACUAUUGCGUUUGUUUUUCAUCUUCUAAAUAUGUAUUGUACAUAGACAGCGGUUAAUGCUCUCGGCUUGCUGGGGACACUCACCGAACCCUGCGUGCAGUAAAUGGGUUAAAUCAUUCCGCACCUUGAGCCUCCUCCUCCUCCGACGGCAACAACUGGAUAAAACGAGAUGUAAAUUGUGCUGCAGCUUACCCAAGGCGACACGAACCGCAUCGGUCCAGUCUUGGCUGAUCACACCAUAAUCGUCGGAAGAAGGGCAGAAUCAAUUCCAGAUAGCUUCUGUAAACCUUCCUGUGGUUACGUGCAUCGCAAGAGUGUGUACCAGCAGCAGCAGCUGAUCCUGCAGAGCCGUCACCAUGGGGCGACGCUUCAGCGGCCUCGAGGUCAUUCUCAUCACGAUCAGCGUCCUCUUCAUGGUGGCCGCCGUGGCGCUCAUCGUGGUGAUGUUCGUUCAGCAGCCGGAUUCAGCGGCUGUCGAGCCCUCAUGCACCGAUCCCAUCGUCGAUGCCAUGCGCUUUGACUGUCACCCAGACGCCAAAGCUUCUCAGGAAUCUUGCGAGGCCCGGGGCUGCUGCUGGAAAGAAUCUGGCACUCCCAAUGUGCCCUGGUGUUUCUACUUAAAAAACAGCGGCGGCUAUGACAUUGUCGGCUCGAGCAAAACUCCAGCAGGCUUCAAAUACGAGCUGAAUAGCAACCCGGCCCCAGUAAGGUUUGGGGGCGACAUCAUCAACCGGCUGCUCCUUGAAGUGGAAUUGCAGACUAAGACCAAGCUACACUUCAAGAUCACGGAUGCCACGGCAUCACGCUUCGAGGUGCCACUGGUACCACGGUUCACGGGCGUGGCCGCCAGCGAGACCCUGUACGGCGUGGAGGUCACCGAGAAGCCGUUCGGCAUCCGCGUCAUCCGCAAGGCCACCAACAUCGUGCUGUUUGACAGCUCUGUGAACCCCAUGCGGUUUUCCGACCAGUUCCUGCAAAUAUCGACCCUUCUUCCCAGCCCUUCGAUCUACGGCUUGGGCGAGCAUGUCCACCAGAACUACCGGCACAGCACGCAGUGGAAGACCUGGCCCAUGUUCACCCGCGACGCCUUUCCGAACGGGGGCACGCACAACCUCUAUGGACAUCACCCCUUCUACAUGUGCCUGGAUAGUGCCAGCGGCAGUGCAUUUGGAGUCUUCUUGCUCAACCUGAACGCCAUGGACGUCACCAUACAGCCCACGCCAGCCCUGACAUAUCGCACCAUUGGAGGGGUGCUCGACUUUUACAUUUUUUUGGGGCCAUCGCCAGAGGAGGUGGUCCAGCAGUACCACGAGCUGAUUGGCAAGCCAAUGAUGCCAGCUUACUGGGCACUGGGAUUCCAGCUGAGCCGCUGGGGCUACACCAGCCUGCAGGACGUGCAGGAAACCGUGGAGCGGAACAGAGCCACCGGGAUGCCAUACGACGUGCAAUACACAGACAUCGACUCGAUGGAGGACCGCAAGGACUUCACGUAUGACAUGAGGAAGUGGGCCGACCUGCCCGCAUUUGUGAAGGACUUGCACGACCACAACCAACGCUACGUCAUCAUCCUGGACCCAGCAAUCGGCACCUCCCGCCGGCGAAACGGCAGCGACUACAUCCCGUACGUGACGGGCACGGAGCGCGGCGCCUGGGUCAACGAGUCCGACGGCAGCACGCCCCUGGUGGGGGAGGUGUGGCCAGGAUUGACUGUCUUCCCAGACUACACCAACCCCAUCUGCGUGCGGUGGUGGGUGGAGCAAUGUGAACAGUUUUUUAACGAAGUUCCCUACGACGGCUUUUGGAUUGACAUGAACGAGGUGUCCAACUUCGUUCAGGGCUCGGUUAAUGGCUGCAAAGAUAACAAGUGGAACCACCCAGCAUAUGUUCCAAGCAUUCUUGACGGACUCUUGUAUUCGAAGACCCUCUGCAUGGAUGCCGUGCACACGCUGGGGAGGCACUAUGACGUCCACAGCCUGUACGGACACUACAUGUCCCUCGCCACGCACGAGGCCAUCGUCCGCAUCUUCGGUGAGGAGAAGAGGAGCAUCAUCUACUCCCGGUCCACGGUGCCCGGAUCGGGAUCGUACGCCGGCCACUGGCUUGGUGACAAUGGGGCCAACUGGAAUGACAUCAAGUGGGCCAUCCCCGGCAUGUUCGAGUUCAACCUCUUCGGUUUCCCCUACAUCGGAGCGGACAUCUGUGGGUUUUUUGACGAGCCUUCGGAAGAGCUGUGCCGCCGCUGGAUGCAGGUCGGGGCCUUCUACCCGUUUUGCCGCAACCACAAUGCGGAGACGUAUCAGCACCAGGACCCGGCGUCGUUCGGCGCCAACUCCCUGCUCGUGAACUCGUCCAUCUCCGCGCUCACCAUCCGCUACACGCUGCUGCCGUACCUCUACACGUUGUUCCACCACGUGCACACGCAGGGCGGCACGGUCGUCAGGCCCCUCCUGCACGAGUUUCCGUCUGACCAGGAGACGUGGGGCAUUGACAGACAAUUUCUCUGGGGCGCCGCUUUCCUCAUCACCCCAGUACUUGACCCGGGCACAACUGAAGUUCAAGGCUACAUUCCCGAUGGGCAGUGGUACGACUACGAAACGGGUAAAUUGGUUUCCAAAAACAGGCAGCAGUACACGUUCAGCAUCCCCGAUGACAAGAUCUCACUGCUCGUGCGCGGAGGCCACAUCCUGGCGACCCAGCAGCCAGCCACGCGCACUGACCUCAGCCGGAAAAACCCCAUGGGGCUCAUUAUUGCGAUGGAUGCGGACUUUAAGGCUCAAGGAAACCUCUUCUGGGAUGACGGGGAGACCAGGGACUCGUUCCAGAAAAACAAAUACCUCUACUACACGUUCGAGUGCACUGACAAUCUACUACGGGUCACCAUGGCCGGAGGGUACACGGACCCGGACGGGAUCAACAUUGAUGAGCUGAGACUGCUGGGCCUCAGGUCUCCAAUCGGGAGUGCCAAAGUCAUCAGCUCAGAGGGAGGAGAAGUGAUCAUUCCGACCAACCAGGUCUCUUUCGACAAAUUCAACAGGGUGGGCCACAUCCGAGGCCUGGGCAUGCGCCUGGGCUCAGGGUACGAGGUGCAGUGGGAGUACACCGAGGAGGAGCUCUUUGACUGCUACCCGGAGGCCAAUGCCUCAAAGUCGACCUGCGAAAGCCGUGGUUGCAUAUGGAAGGAGCACACGACACCUGGCAUGCCGUGGUGCAUCUACGAUGGCGGCUACGGCUACGAGGCGACGGGCGCCCCCACCCCCACCGCCAUGGGCCAGCGCGUGGUCAUCAAGCGCAACGCGGGCUACCCACGCCGUUACCACAGCGGCAGCAACCCCACGGUGGAGACUCUCAACGUGGACGUCGAAUUCUUCAGCAACCACAGCCUCAGAGUCAAGAUUUACGAUCCAGCAAAAGCUCGGUAUGAAGUUCCGGUCCCACUCAACAAACCGAACGUCCCCGGUGGCACCGCGGCUUCCCGUUUGUACCAUGUGGAGUUCGUGGACAGCCCAUUCGGAAUCCGCAUCAUCCGCAAAAGCACAGGGAAAGUCAUCUGGAACUCGCAGGCACCCGGCUUCACCUUCACGGACCGCUUCAUCCAGAUGUCCGCGCUGCUGCCGAGCGAGAACAUCUAUGGCUUUGGCGAGACUGAGCACGACACGUUCAAGCUCAAGCUCAAUUGGGAGACGUGGGGAUACUUCUCGAAGGAUCAGCCUCCCGGGUACAGAGCAAACGCAUACGGGGUGCAUCCCUACUACAUGUCGGUGGAGGAUGGGGCCAAUGCGCACAGCGUUCUGCUAUUCAACAGCAAUGCUAUGGACAUUGUUCUGCAGCCCAACCCAGCGGUGACUUACCGCACCACGGGGGGCAUCCUUGACUUCUACUUCACACUCGGACCCAGCCCAGAGGAGGUCACGCAGCAGUACACUGCACUCAUCGGACGCCCGGCCAUGCCUCCUUACUGGUCUCUGGGCUUCCAGCUGUGCCGCUACGGCUACGCCAACGACACGGAAAUCCUGAACCUCUACAAUGACAUGAAGGCAGCAGGCGUCCCCUAUGACACUCAGUACGGUGACAUCGACUACAUGGUGAGGCAGUUGGACUUCACCUUAAACAAGGAAAAGUUUGGAAACUUCCCCAACCUGAUCAGACACAUGCACGACGAGGGCAUGCGAAUCAUCAUCAUCCUGGAUCCAGCAAUCGCUGCGAAUGAGACUGAGCCAUAUCCUGCAUACAUUCGAGGUGUGGAAAAUGACGUUUAUAUGAAACGUCCAGAUGGACAAAUCAUGUUUGGAAAGGUGUGGCCUGAUUAUCCUCACGUUGAAGUGAAUGAUACUCAAGACUGGGACUAUCAAGUUGAGCACUACCGGGCGUACGCUGCCAUGCCCGACUUCUUCCGCGAGCGCACCGCUCGGUGGUGGCAGCGCGAGAUCGAGGAGUUCUACCGGAAUCCAACAACGCCAGCCGACAGCAUGGAGUUCGACGGAUUGUGGAUCGACAUGAACGAACCGGCGAGCUUUGUCCACGGAUCUACGUCGGGAUGUGAAGAUAAGGAUUUGAACGAGCCUCCGUACAUGCCCCAUCUAACCCAACAGGACGUCUUCUGGGGCCUCCAGCACAAGACCAUGUGCAUGGAGGCACUGCACGAGCUUCCCGACGGGUCGAAGGUCCAGCACUACAACGUGCACAGCCUCUACGGCUGGUCUCAGACCAAGCCCACGCUGGACGCCCUGCACAAUGUGACGGGCAAGCGUGGCAUCGUGGUGACCAGGUCCACCUUCCCUGGCAGCGGACAGUGGUCUGGGCACUGGCUGGGUGACAACUCUGCUCGCUGGGACAACCUUGACAAGUCCAUCAUCGGCAUGAUGGAGUUCAGCUUGUUUGGCAUCACUUACACGGGCGCUGACAUCUGUGGCUUCUUUGGGGACUCCAACUACGAUCUGUGUGCUCGCUGGAUGCAAUUGGGAGCCUUCUACCCAUACUCCCGCAACCACAAUGGCAAGGGGAACAUCCGGCAAGACCCCGUGGCCUGGGACACAGCGUUUGCCGAAAUGUCCAAGAGAGUGCUGGAGAUCCGUUACUCGCUGCUUCCAUACCUCUACACCCUCAUGCACGAGGCCCACGCCCACGGCUCCACUGUCGUGCGUCCCCUCCUUCACGAGUUUCUCAGUGACAAUGAAACCUGGGCAAUUUCCAAGCAGUUCCUUUGGGGUCCAGCACUUCUCAUAACUCCUGUGCUGGAGGAGGAGAAGGUGACUGUGAGAGGCUACGUGCCCGACGCUCGUUGGUACGACUAUCAAACGGGUGCCCAACUGACCGAGCGUAAGGAGUACAAAGAGAUGAAUGCUCCCUGGGACACGAUUAACCUGCACGUGCGGGGAGGCUAUAUCCUUCCAACGCAACAGCCGGCCAACACAACCAAGUACAGUCGCCAGAAGCCCAUGUCACUGCUUGUGGCACCGGAUUCUUCGGGGACUGCCACGGGAUCUCUCUUCUGGGACGAUGGUGACGGCAUUGACACAUUUGAAACACAGAAAUACUUUUUGACCACGUUCCAAGUCACUAAGAAUGGCACUGUGAGCACCCUGCGUAACAGGCUUGCACACGACGGCGCAGAAAGCGAUGCAGCUGGGCUCGUGCUGGAGUCAGUGAAAGUCCUGGGUAUCGCGACGGCCACAAUCACAUCUGCUAAGCUGGAUAUUGAUAGCAGCGGCACAUUCCAGAAUGUAACCAUCAGUCAAGUCUCAGGAACACAAAUCCUUAUCAUUGAGUUACAAGGCCAAAUUGUUCCGUUGACAUCAGCCUUCACCAUCACUUGGGAGUAAACUACAAUGCAAACGCUGAAAUAGUUACACCAUCUGUGACCCUCAAGACCUCCCCUCUUCGAAGUUCUGCUGUUGGCUAGUUCAAGUGCUACUGUAAGAGAAUGGUACAAUCUGCUUCACAAAAUUUCACGCGGAACAUACCAACCGGGGUAUUCAACUUAAAACAGGGGUUGGGGAGCCGACAGUCACGUGGGUCCCAUACAGACCAACAACUUCAGUUCAUACGACCGGCAGCCACACGGGGUGCACAACCUCAAAACAGCCUGCAAACUACACGCAUCCGUUACCAGCAGCGUCUUAGCAGCACCAACCUGGCGCAAGAAGUGGAUAUUUUUCAACCUUGCCGUCACUGUCCUUCUGGUAUCUGUGUGCAGUCAAUGCACACGGGCCUCGAGUAAUGAAGGUUGAGUGUAAACGUCAUUUGAAGUCCUAUUUAUUUAACACUCCGUACGGAUACCCAACCCCUGACUAAAGGCAUGUCUCUAGAUAAGGUUGAUUGACGGGUGUUGAAUCUAUGCUUGGUCAAGUUUCAGGUUAAGGAACUCACUGAAUGGCAAAAUGCAUGAGCCACGUAUAAUGAUUUGGCUACCUAAGCAGACGCUUCUGAAUUGGAGGGAAUAUGUUCCGUGUGAGAUUUUUGUUUCUAUCACUGCGAUUGUCAAUUUUAAUCCCCAGUGAUGGGUGUUAAUUCAGCUUCAAACCAGUAAGGAUGGAUUAAAAAAAAACGUUCGUCAAAAACCCCGUGUUAAAAGAAAGAAUAUAUAAAAGGCACAGCAAGUAAACAAAUGCAGAAGCGCCCUUGCCCGAAACGUUAGCCAAUUACAAUUUGUUUCCCUUUUAAAGCCGGUGCCGUUGACGAAUGCAAGUGGAUUUUUUUAGUUUUUUGUUGUUCUGUGCCUACGCGCCACUGCCAACGCAGCAUCACCAUACACGUUCGUUGAAUUGUAAGAAAAUGUUUAAUAAACGAAUAGAAAUGAUACAUUUUAAUAUGAAUAACAUCGUUUUGCUGGGGAGGGGAGCUCCCCGUCUUCUCAUUAUCCUCUUCUAGUUCUCGUUUUGUGAUUGCUCCAUUAUCGGCCGUAACUUAACAGCCGUUCAGUUAUUUGCUUGAUGGGUUUUUGUUGUUGUAAUUACUACUUAAUUGUGCAUUUUAUUCAUUUUCCGGUAAGAGCUUUUAUAUUUUUUUGUCAUCCGCUGCAGAAGAACAAGCGUAAUGCCGAUGUCUGUACGCAACCGUCGGCUCUCGUUUAAAACUUUGCUUGUAAAUUAUCUGAAGCUACUAACACCGAGCGAAAUUGCGUGCUUAAUGUAACAAUUUCAUGUGAUCAAUAAUAAAUUAAUGUCUACUUUAA